AUAUGAAUAGCAGUGCAACAGUGAAGACAGAUAAGGAUGUAACUCGAUUUAGGCUGCUAAAAUUCUUUAAUGGCAGGUUUCAUGUGUGAUUGAAUACAUUAUUUUUGCUAGAGGGUUAAACACUUUGUCCCUCAUCUCAGCCAGCAUUUAUGGAUUUCCAGGUCUGCCUGCUGAGAAGUAAAUUAAAUAUGUAGCUGCUUCUCACCUUUCCUCUGUUGCUGUACUAAUGGAAGAGAAUUUUUUGUGCCAGUAACACAGAUGAUGAUCAUCGCUGAUGAAAUUUAUUAUUUUUUGGUAUCAGGAAGGAUGGCAAAUCUGCAUUACUUCCAGAAGGAUUUGGAUUUCUGAACAAAAGGACAAUCAGCAUGCUUUAUUUUCUUAAAGCUAUGUCUAGGAAAUGGAGGCAUAGCAAGCCUACACAAAUUUUAUAAGCAUGGCUGAAAAAGAAAGAUGAACUGCUUUAGGAUGUCCUUGAAAUAUGGUGUUGGAUGGGGUUUUUAACUUCGCUUGGAAGGAGCCCAGUAACAAACGGGUCAAGCCGCUUUCCAGAGUCACAUCACUAGCGAGUCUCAUUCCUCCGGUGCGGGCCACUCCGCUGAAGCGGUUCAGCCAGACACUGCAGCGUUCUAUCAGUUUCCGCAGUGAGAGUCGCCCAGAUCUCUUCAGUGCACGACCAUGGUCUCGAAAUAUGCCCCCUGCUAACACAAAGCGGAGAGACAGUAAACUGUGGAGUGAGACCUUUGAUGUUUGUGUCAAUCACAUGCUUACAUCUAAAGAAAUCAAGCGUCAAGAGGCUAUCUUUGAACUUUCCCAGGGAGAAGAAGACUUGAUAGAAGAUCUGAAGUUAGCAAAAAAGGCUUAUCAUGACCCAAUGCUUAAACUUUCCAUAAUGACAGAGCAAGAGCUGAACCAAAUUUUUGGAACGUUGGACUCUCUAAUUCCUCUACAUGAAGAUCUUCUUCGACGACUUCAAGAAGUCAGGAAACCUGAUGGAUCAAUAGAACAUGUUGGCCAUAUCCUUGUGGGUUGGCUUCCAUGCCUGAACUCCUACGAUAGCUACUGCAGCAAUCAAGUAGCAGCCAAAGCGCUAUUGGAUCACAAGAAACAAGAUCACAGAGUGCAAGAUUUCCUACAGCGCUGCUUGGAGUCUCCUUUUAGUCGCAAAUUGGACCUUUGGAAUUUCCUUGACAUCCCAAGAAGCCGUUUGGUUAAAUACCCAUUGCUACUCAGAGAAAUUUUGAGACACACACCAAAUGAUCAUCCAGAUCAGCAGCACCUUGAAGAAGCUAUAAAUAUAAUUCAGGGCAUAGUGGCUGAAAUCAACAUAAAGACUGGUGAAUCUGAAUGCCAAUACUACAAAGAGAGACUCAUUUAUCUUGAAGAAGGCCAAAGGGAUUCAUUGAUCGAUAAUUCACGUGUUGUAUGUUGUCAUGGUGAGCUGAAGAACAACAGGGGAGUGAAACUGCAUGUCUUCCUCUUUGAAGAAGUGUUGGUGAUCACUCGAGCUAUCACCCAUAACGACCAGCUCUGCUACCAGCUGUAUCGGCAGCCCAUUCCGGUGAAGGAGCUUGUGCUAGAAGACUUGCAAGAUGGAGAGGUGCGAUUGGGCGGAUCCAUACGUGGUGCGUUCAGCAACAAUGAGAGAAUCAAAAACUUCUUUAGAGUCAGCUUCAAAAACGGAUCUCAAAGCCAGUCUCACUCACUCCAAGCCAAUGACUCAUUCAACAAACAACAGUGGCUUAACUGUAUCCGCCAGGCCAAAGAAAAAGUUACGUGUGCAGGCAAAGUUGGCGUGAACGCAGAAGCACAUUUUCUUUUGUCACCAAAUGGAAGCAGAGUACCCCAGGGAGAAACCACGCUCGAGCAAAUGGACCAUUCGGACUGUGAGUCAGACUGUAGUAUGGACACCAGCGAGAUCAGCAUCGACUGUGAACGUAUGGAACAGACAAACCCUUGUGAAAAUGAAAAGCAAAUAGAAACCAAUGUUUGACAAAAACUUACAGUUCAUGGAAGAAAAUCUGUCUCUUACCUGUACAGUAUUUGCAUUCCAUACAUGGAACCAUUUGGAGAAGCACUUUUAAAAUAUUUUUGUGACAGUGUCAAUGCAGUCCUCCUUGUAUUCGUACCUAUGAGUGUAGUACUGUAACUGCCGAUCUGUAUAAGCUGGAAUCCCUUGCAACUCAUGUCCUGUGAUUAUAGUCCAUAAACAACUAAGGUGGAUGAAAGAGGUACUUGACCAGUUGUUCUCAAUGUCCUGCUGUAAACAGAAUCUCUAAACUACUGUUUAUAUGUGUGUUACAUAAAGUAAAUUUUCUUAAUUUUUGAAGUACUUUAUUUGCCCUUUAAUGGGGCAGCUGAAGAUGUGGACCUAAUAUGGAGUUUCACGAUGGGUGAUGGGUUUUCAUAAAGACAUGGAAGGAAAAAUUAGUUUCUUGGGAAAAAAACCCAACUCCUCUUGCAAUAACCUAUCUGAAUUCUUGCAGCGUUAGAUCGACAAGAACUAUAGACAGCAGGCCGUGUAACCAGUGGCACUUUUAGGGAUUAAUUUUUCAAAAUGCAGCACUGUCCUAAGGUCCAGCAACCGAACUUAGUAAAAUCUGGUCAGUUAAAGUGGUCAGCAUAGUGCCAUGGUUUAUUUAUCAAAGCAUGUAAUGCUAAAAAUAAUCAACUAAAAAAAAAAAAUCAAACACAAAACAAAAACCACAAACCCAACCAAACCUUUAUAGCCAGCACUGAAUUAAAUGAAAUGCUGAGAAUACUGGGUGUUUGUAAAUAAGCUGAUAGUUUGCUUUCAGUGCCAUAUAUAUAUAUAUAUAUAUUUUUAUCCUAAACAGGAUAAGAACGGAAAAAAGCUUUUGCUUGUGAAUAGGCCCUCUUCAGCAUUUUGCACUCCACUGACCUCCACUGUUGGUUUUAAACACCACUAAACUAAUGUUAAAACAUUUAAUUUUCUCUAAAUGUCUGUUUACAAUUUCAUGUAGUUGGUUUUUAAACUAAGUGACAAUUUUAUAUAAAUAGUGCUCUACAAAUACCCUAUGGGAUUAUGUAGAGAAAGUUUAAACAAAAAGGGAAUUGUUUUUCCUUUAGGAUGUAUUACAUCCUUUAUAUUUUUCUCAAGUUUUGUUUUGUAAGUUUUUGUUACAUUUAAUCUCAUGCUGGAAUUGGAAAUGUUACUGUGUUUUCUGGUGGCUGAUUUAAUCUACUCAUUAUGAUGAGAAGCAGAUGAGUCACUUAAAUGCAGUCUAAAACACUCAGUUCAACAUCCUGUUACUUUUCAGGAAUCCCUGGGUAAUAUUUUAUUUCUUAGUGUAAGAAAUUAUGCCAGUGCUGUAUGGCAAGCUAUGAAAAUGAUAUAUUAAUAAAUUUAAAUGAUCCUUGAUAUUACACAAGAUAACCUGUGCAAAGUACUCGUACCAACAGAAGUAGAAAAACUGCUAAGAUAUUGCCAAAAACAUUUUCCUUGUGUUCUGCAAGUUUACAGAAAAUAGUACAUGUCAAGUAUCGUACAAUAUAUAUAUGCUGAUGCGCAUUAGAGAAAUCAGUGUGACAAAAUGAUAAACAAUAUAAAACAAGGUAUUUUUAUUUUUUAAAAAAAUGUCAUUUUUACCCUAGAGAACAUAUUUCUGUAUUUAUAGUUUUUCAAAAAAGUCAAUUUUCUUUUCUGUUUCAGGCUUUGUAAUUUAUUUCGACUGCUUCAUUUUUAGAGCUGACUGAGUGUGCCAGCGAAGAUGAGAGAAAGGAAAAAUUUGCAGAAGAAAAGGCAUAGGAAAGCCUAUUAGAUGAUGAACCAUUUUCACAAAACCCGUUCAGCAAAAUGUUUAAAAAGAGCAAAAAGCAUGUAAAGUGUUCAGAUAGAGAAGAAAGAAUGAAUGUGUGUAUUGACGUUUGUUUUAAAUAAUAGCCUUAAACUUUACUGGAAGCAUUUCAAAUAAAUUACAUUAAACCAU